AUGGAUGUAUCAGAAAGGCUUCUAAGGUAUAGAUACCAUAUAACCACAGUGAUAGCAAUUUCAGUUUUAUUGUCUUUGAUGUUGUAUGCAGCACCAAGAUUUGUUACAAUAUUGGCAUAUUUCUGGCCAUUGUUUGCUUCCACAACAGUCUUCUUGGUUGCAAUCAUAGCCUUUGGAGGGGUUUCAAAGUUCUCAACUGAUGAAUUAUCUCACCAUCAUGAUCUUCAUGGUGAGAAAGCUGGUGAGGGACUCUUGGAUUAUGUAGCAGGUGUAGGAUCAAGGACACAACAACAUGAACAUCAUAGUGAGGAUUCUCACACCUUCUAA